CCCCGGCUUCUCUGCGCCCCCCGUCCCCGCUCCGGCCUCUAGGCCCCGGCCCCCUCUCUUCUCCCGCAGCCUGCCCUCGGCUCCCUCCCGCCCCCCCCGGCGCCCGGCCUCCAGCUCCCUCCCCUUCCACGCCCGCCCUCUCGCCUUCGCCGUCCCAAAGUGGAUUAAUUAUACGCUUUCUGUUUCUCUCCGCGCUGCUCUCUCCCGCUGUGAGCCUGCCCGCCUCUCGCUGUCCCCUCUCCCUCUCGCCCUUUCUUCGGCCCCCCCCGUUCACGUUCACUCUGUCCCUCUCGCUAUCUCUGCCCCUCUCUGUCCUUGGUACAACAGCUGACCUCAUUUCCCGAUACCCUCUCCCCCCCUAAAAAAGUACAACAUCUGGCCCGCCCCAGCCCGCAGACAGCCCGUCCUCCCCGAACAAUCAGACGAGUUUCCCACCCCCCCCAAAAAAAAGCCAUCCCCCCGUUCUGCCCCGUCGCACAUUCGGCCCCCGCGACUGGGCCAGAGCGGCGCUGGCAGAGGAGUGCCCGGCAGGAGGGCCAACGCCCGCUGUUCGGUUCGCAAUACGCAGCAGGGAGGUGGGCGGCCCCUGCGCCGGCUUCCAGACACCAAUGGGGAUCCCAGCGGGAAAGUCGAUGUUGGCGCUGCUCGCCUUCUUGGCCUUUGCCUCGUGCUGCUAUGCUGCUUACCGCCCCAGUGAGACUCUGUGCGGCGGGGAGCUGGUGGACACCCUCCAGUUUGUCUGCGGGGACCGCGGCUUCUACUUCAGCAGGCCGGCCAGCCGCGUGAACCGCCGCAGCCGUGGCAUCGUGGAAGAGUGUUGCUUCCGCAGCUGCGACCUGGCCCUGCUGGAGACCUACUGUGCCACCCCCGCCAAGUCCGAGAGGGACGUGUCGACCCCUCCGACCGUGCUUCCGGACAACUUCCCCAGAUACCCCGUGGGCAAAUUCUUCCAAUAUGACACCUGGAAGCAGUCCGCCCAACGUCUGCGCAGGGGCCUGCCUGCCCUCCUGCGAGCCCGCCGGGGUCGCACGCUCGCCAAGGAGCUCGAGGCGUUCAGAGAGGCCAAGCAUCGCCGUCCCCUGAUCGCCCUGCCCACCCAGGACCCCGUCACCCACGGGGGUGCCUCUCCUGAGGCGUCCAGCCAUCGGAAGUGAGCCAAAUUGUCGUAAUUCUGCAAAGUAGCACCAUCCACUCAUGACCUCCUCUUGACCGGGACCUUUCCACCCGGUCCCACCUCUGAAACCUCUGUACCGUCCUGUCUGCGGGCUCCCCUGACCCGGCCCCUGUGCCCCAACCUCCCCACGUCAGGCUAGUCUGUCCUCGGCCCCCUCCAUCAGGCUGAGGGAAUCACAACAACAUCUUUAAAAAUGUACGAAACCAAUUGGCUUUAAAUCUCUCCCCAAAUUAUCACCCCCAAGUUACCCCCAAAUUACGCAACCAAAAUUACAAUCAUGAACCCCUCAAUCACACACACAUCGGCCCUCUUGAAACGAAAUGGCUUUUUAGCAACACCAGAAAAGCUAAGUAGCUUUCCAAAAAAAUCUAAAAACCUAAAAAAAAAAUCAAUCAGCUAAAAAAAAAUACUAAAAAUAAAUUGGCUUCAAAACAAUUGGCACGUUAAACGAAUUCGGCCCCCCCA